UUUAUUUGUAAAUAUUAUUGUCAACAAACAACAUUUUUUCAUUUAGGGUACCUGUAAAGAAGUACAAAACUUUUGUACGAGCGAAAAAAUUCCUGAUUUAUCGGUGAGAAAUAUACAGUCAAAUAAUGUUUGUGCAACAGGCAACGAUAUGUUACCUGAUGGCGAACAGCGAGAGGUACUGGGUGGACAACAGCCUCUCGGUAGUACGCAAGGGCAAGGGAGACGAGAAGGGCAGAGCAGACGCCCCGCCGGAGGGCGAUGUGCCAGGGCCCAGCGGCGACGCCGUGCGUCGUGACGUCACACCCGUCGAGUCCCACACGACACGUUCGACCGAGUCGGGAACCCAGACCCAGGAGCUGUGCUCGGGGAUCAAGCUGAGGCCCCUGGAGCGCGAGAUACUGAAGCGCUUCCUGAAGGUGAAGAACCAGACGCUGAAGACGUCGCAGCGGCAGCACAAGACGGACGAGCUGCAGAGGCGGCUGCAGAGGCGGCAGCAGGAAGCGUCGGCGCGGAGGACCGAGGCGGUCCGGCGGGAGGGGGAGGUCGAGCUGCAGAGGUUCGCGGUGCAGCUGCAGGUGCGGGACCUGAAAGGGCAGGGCGCGGGGCAGGUGCAGCAGCAGCAGCAGCAGCUGCAGCAGCUGCUGCGGGAGGACAAGGCGCUGGCGAAGCAGCUGCUGACGCUGGAGCGCGGCAAGGAAGAGGCGGAGGAGGCCGAGAAAGAGCUGGCGUGCGGGUGCCGGGCGGUGGAACGCACGCGGCUGGAGCUGGAGGCGGAGCGACAGGCGCUGGACCUCCAGAAGAGGACCCUACAGCGAGCUCUGGGGACCGUGAGACGGACACACGAGGCCUCCUCGGCGACCGCGUGCGACCUGAAGGAGGCCCUGGAGGACCUGAGGGCUCAUCUGGCCGAGAAUCCCGUUCGGGCCAGGAAACUGCGGCAAGAGGUAGAGAAGGUCCUCGCAGUCGUCUACGCAGAGAUUUCCAGGGAAAAUGCACUGGAGAAGAUCCUCCAUCCACCUGGAGGAAUGACCUCGACCUGAUUCGACCGGUCCCCGUUCCCUCUCGAACCUGCAGUACCUACGGUUCUCUGCCCGCAUGCACUGCCACUGCUUUCGAGAAUGUCCACAUGCACACACACCUGUACUGCAACAAACACACGCCUCCCCAGCAUAAUCAUGCAGGAAUAAUAAUUAAUAACGGCACUUUUAUAUUCAACCUAUGUAACACACAUCGACCCUGAUUCUACCACCUCCUCCUCAAGAUGAUGGUCUCCUGCACCUACUAGCACUGACACCAUUUCGAGAGACCAACCACAGAUGCACACCUGUUCUCCAACCAAAUAUCACCUCCCCCACCUGCAUCACGCUGGAAUUCUAACACGCUUGCAUAAAACCAUGGGAGCGCACACCCCGCUAAUGUUUACGAACACUAUAAAUGUAACUUAAAAUUUAAAAAUAUCGCAUUAAUGUAUUGAAAACCUACUUUUUAAAUUAAUUUGUGCUAAUAAAGGCUUAAAAAAACUUUUUUGACCUACCUCAUGCCUGUUAAGCCUACACAAUUAAAUUUAACGUCGCAAUCAUAAUGGUUAAGCCCGAUGGUUAAGAAGUCAUGGGUUUUUUCGUCCAUCGAAAAAUUUAAUUUUUUAAAAUUCUUAUAAGAUUAAGAAUUAUUUCAUUCGAAAAAAAAAAUAUAUCCUGGACGUUAAAAAUUUUAAGAAAACAGUUGAGCAAAAACGUGUAACAUUGAAAUAGUGGGAGCUGAAGAAAGUAUGUAAAAUGUUUGAAUGAGUAUUUAAAGGGCUUGCCAUGAUUAAUUUAUUUUAAUUUAUAUCCAUUAACAAAUUGUGUGCAAGGUAAUCAGUGUGUUAUAAUGAAUCAAGUUUACGUGUUUGACUUAAUGUAACGACACUAUGACAACUUCUUUUUUUUUUUUGUGCAACAGCAUACCCUGAGAUGGAGCGUGGCAUUUGUAUAAAGUAUUUACAUGGUCUUAAAUGAGGGAAAAUAAAUCGAUUAAAAUGAA